AUGGUGGAUCGAAGAUUCAUGCUGUGGUUUGUGCUAUUGCUAUUGUUUCUGUGUUUUGAGGUAACAUUGGAACAGAUUGAGAUUCAGCCAUUGAGUUCACCUCAGGAACGUGCUGCACUUCUUCAACUUCGAGCUUCUUUGGGUUUGAGAACCAAAGAAUGGCCAAGAAAGCCUGACCCUUGUUUAAUCUGGAAUGGUAUUUCGUGUCGGAAUGGUCGUGUUGUUGGGAUCAAUAUCUCGGGUUUUAGAAGAACAAGAAUUGGUAGAAUGAACCCUCAAUUUUCUGUGGAUGCUUUGGUUAAUUUCACUUUGUUGCAGUCUUUUAAUGCCUCUGGAUUUUACCUUCCUGGUUCUAUUCCUGAUUUGUUUGGGUUUAGUCUUGGGGAGCUUCGCGUGCUUGAUCUUCGUUCUUGUUCGAUUGAAAAUGCUAUUCCGAAUUCUAUCGGGAAUUUGACUAGGCUUACUGCUCUUUAUCUUUCGGAUAAUAAUUUUACUGGAAAUGUUCCUGAUAGUUUAGGUCAACUCUCGUCGCUUUCGGUUCUUGAUCUCUCGGGGAAUUUGCUUACGGGGAUUAUACCGGAGUCUUUUGGAUUUCUCGCGAGUCUUUCUUCACUUGAUUUGUCCGGGAAUUUUUUUUCCGGGCCUGUUCCUGAGGGUUUAGGGAAUCUUUCUAGGUUGCAGUACUUGAAUCUUUCUGGUAAUAGCUUGAAUUCUUUGCCUGCACAAAUGGGAGGUCUUGUUAGCUUGGUUGACCUUGAUCUUAGUGAGAAUUCUUUCUCCGGCGGUGUUGUUCCGGAUUUGAAAGGGUUGGGGAACUUGCGGAUUAUAGUUCUGAGGAGAAAUAAUUUUACUGGUUCUUUGCCUGUUGAGUUGUGGUCAUUGCCGAGAUUGACGUUCGUAGAUGUGUCUUCCAAUAGCUUCAGUGGUUUGCUUCCCAAUUCUAGGUCCUCUGUCGAUUCUACUGUUGCGGUUCUAAAUAUAUCUCAUAAUAUGUUUUAUGGAGGGCUCACGCCUGUGCUCAGAAGGUUCAGUUUUGUUGAUCUUGCAAACAAUUAUUAUGAGGGUAAGGUUUUGGAUUUCAUGCAUAACGGAUCAUUAGAUAGUAACUGUCUUCAGGGUGCGACAAAUCAGAAGUCAACGGUGGAAUGUGCGUCGUUUUAUGCGGAUAGGGGCCUCAGUUUUGAUAAUUUUGGACAACCGAAUAUGACAGAAGGUUCUGGGAAAAGUAAUAAAACUAAGAUAAUAUUGGCGGCAGUUUUGGGUGGACUUGGUUUACUUGCACUUUUGGCUUUGCUACUGGUACUGUUGAUUUUAUGCACUCGUAAAAGGGGUAAUUCAAGUCAAAGGGGAAAUGGUGUGGGCCCUGCUCCCGCUGCAGGCAGUCCUCCGCCUCCUGGUGUAUCGAUAAACCUUGCAAAUGUAGGAGACUCGUUUACGUAUCAUCAGUUGCUUCAGGCAACGGGAGAUUUCAACGAUGCAAAUCUUAUAAAACAAGGCCACACCGGGGAUAUCUUCAACGGUGUUUUGGAAAAUGGGAUUCCCGUUGUCAUCAAAAGGAUCGACAUGCGAUCUAUGAAAAAGGAAUCUUACCUAUCGGAAUUGGACUUUUUUAAUAAGGUUUCUCAUCCGAGAUUUGUUCCCUUAUUAGGUCACUGCUUAGAAAACGAAAACGAGAAGUUCCUGGUUUAUAAACUUAUGCCAAAAGGGGACUUGUCUAAUUGCUUAUUCUUCAAAAAUGCCACAUCUGAAGAUGGUACUUUGCAGUCAUUGGACUGGAUAACUAGGUUAAAGAUUGCUACCGGAGCAGCAGAGGCCAUAUCGUAUCUGCAUCAUGACUGUAUUCCACCUAUUGUUCACAGAGAUAUUCAAGCGAGCAGUAUACUUCUCGAUGACAAGUAUGAGGUUCGGUUAGGAAGUCUAAGUGAAGCCUGUACUCAAGAAGGUGAUACCCAUCAAAGUAAAAUCACCCGGUUUCUGCGAUUGCCUCAGUCCUCUGAACAAGGUGCAUCUGGUUUACCAACAUCUGUUUGUGCCUAUGAUGUUUAUUGCUUUGGGAAAGUGUUACUUGAACUUGUGACUGGUAAGCUGGGUAUUAGUGCAUCAAGUGAGGGUGAAUUGAAGGAUUGGUUUGAUCAGAUUCUACCUUGCAUUAGCAUGUAUGACAAGGAGCCCGUGACAAAAAUCGUCGACCCGUCUCUUGUUGUGGAUGAGGAUUUCUUAGAGGAAGUGUGGGCAAUAUCCAUUGUUGCCAGGUCUUGCCUAAACCCGAAACCUUCAAGACGACCCCCAAUGAGAUACGUUCUCAAGGCAUUGGAAAACCCUUUAAAAGUUGUAAGAGAAGAAAGUUCGAGUUCUGCGCGGCUUAAAGCAACCUCUUCUAGAGGCUCUUGGAAUGCUACUUUGUUUGGUAGUUGGCGUCAGAGCUCGUCUGAUGUAGCCACAGUCCCUGCAGCUUCCGGUACAAAAUUAGAAGGAGCUAGUAGUUUGAAGCUUUCAGCAACAAGUAGUUCAUCCUCGCGGAGACGUCAUUCAAAUGAGAUAUGUCCCGAGCCAUCAUUUCGCUUACCUGAUAUAGAGAGGCUGGAGCAUGAAGGAAGAGAGGCUUAA